ACACCGUGAGCCGUGAGCCGUCAGUCAGUCCGCCCCACAGAGCGCCGGCGUUGCUUUCGUCCGUCUUCCUCCACGCGCACGCACACACACCAUGUCGCCCGCCGGCUCCGCGCUGCAGCACGCCUGGUCCACGGCAAACCCCGUGUUCGCCGCCUACGUGUUCUACAGCGGCGUGCUCGUGCUCAAGCUCCUGGCCACCACGCUGCUCGUGGUUCGCCAGCGUUUCUCCAAAAAGGUUUUCUUGAACCCAGAAGACCGCUUGGACAAGAAUAGCAAGGUUCUACCUGUCGGUGGUGACCCGGACGUCGAGCGACCACGCCGGGCGCACCUCAACGACCUCGAGAACAUCCCGGCCUUCUGGGUCGCGGGCCUGCUCUACUGCCUCACCAACCCCGCGCCCGCCCUGGCCC